AUGAAACAUUUUCAACAGCAUCAAAUUUUAUUUCAUGCAGAUUUUCAAUUAUUACUUAUUCGUUAUGGUAUGAUAGCAUUAGAAGAUCUUAUAGAUUUAUUAAUUGUUAGUAAAUUAGCUAAACCUGAUGAAAUUAAAUCUUAUGCCAAAACAAUAUUCUGUCUUAAUGUAAAUAUAAAUAUGCUCAUUUACUAU